GCUCCGGCUGAUGAGCCACAGCACUCUCAGAUCUGCAGCCCUGUUUACCUCUGGUUACAAGCUGAGCAAUCUGUGAUGAAACAUGAGCGCACAGAGGUGACCAGUGUCAGGGAAAGACGAUCAGGUCCGUGGCCUGGAAUGACUGAAAUACUUUCCACCGGCCACUGAGGGUUUGCCUUUCCCCAGUUCAGAGUUGCGACUGCGAGUGGAGGGCAGUAAAGUAUCAGCGGGGAGUGGAGAUGAAUUUAUUGAAGCACAUUUUUCAGCUCACUUAAACUGCUCUUUUAUACAGAUUAAAAUGUCUGACAAGCAGAGGAAACCGUCCACCAACAGGAACAUCAAGAAGCUCCGCACCAUCACCAAGGUGUGCGGCCUGGCGAGCAGUUGGCAGCAAUGGAUCAGGGAAAAUGAGAAAAAGCAGGCCAGUGAGCCCACUGGAUGGUGUCCAUACUCAGAAGCACCAGAAGAACCCAAAAGGACCUGGGUCCCCAAGAAACCUCCCCCGACUCCAGACAAGACCACCGUGGACGCUGAUUUAAAAGAGACUCAGGCGAAAGUAGAAAAAGUUCCAACCUCUGCGGAGUCACCAGAAAAUGUGUCCCUCAUUAAGACCAAGCAGGUGGUGAAGACAGUGACCAGUAGCGUGACUGAGAAAAGCGUGGGUGUGGGACUUUUGGCUGAAAAGAUAAAGAAAGAGACUCUGCCGUCGGAUGAGGAGAUAGACAGGCUGCUGACCAAGAAAACCUCACCGACGCGACGCAGGAAGUGCUCCAACAUGGUGGCGUCGCUGACCAAAAGCUGGAAGCAGGUGGAGAACGAACAGAAGCAGGACAGAGACAGAGACGGUGCAUGUCCGGGAAAGCUACACACGGGGGACGUGGAGGAGGAAGACAGUGGACAUCCUGAGGCAGAGAAGGACACGAGGGACAAAGAAAAGAGUCCGACAGAAUUGGACAGUUUUGUUAAAGAAGCGGAGCCACAGGACAGUCAGGGAGACACUGUGUCAACUGUGAGGAUCAAGAGAGCGCCAGUAUCAGCGUAUAAAAAGGAAGCCGAAGACGCCAACAAGAUCAAUGCUCUUUCCAAAAAGUACAGCCCUGUGGGAAACCUGAAGAGCCGCUGGCAGAACUGGGCUUCGGAGCACACUGUGAACCAGAAACUGAACCCCUUCAGUGAAUACUUUGACUACGACUACUCCAUGUCCCUCCGCCUCCAGAAGGGCGAGGAGGGCUACGGACGCCCCAAAGAGGGCACGAAGACGGCGGAGAGAGCCAAGCGUGCGGAACAACACAUCCACCGCGAGAUAGCCGACAUGUGUUACGUCAUCAGGACUAUGGCCGACCCAGACGCGGACGGAAAGACACGCAUCACGUUCGGCGAACUGUUCGACAGAUAUGUGCGCAUUUCGGAUAAGGUAGUUGGGAUUCUGAUGAGAGCCAGGAAACAUGGGAAGGUGGAGUUUGAAGGAGAGAUGCUGUGGCAGGGCCAGGACGAUGGGGUGAUCAUUACUCUGCUGGUGUGAGACAUUAACACCUGGGUCAAAGUAUGUAUCUGGAAAUACUCCUACGGCUAAUUUGCAUCCCUUCAUCGAUGUAAGAAAUGGAAGAGGAAAUGAUUUACAGCACAUUGUGGUGCAGUGUAUUCACUGGACACAGACACUACAAGGCUCCAUAAAUAAAUGGAUGUGGAUUUUGGAAACAUUUUGCAGUUAUUUUUGUAGAAACCUGAAGACUCACAAGUUACAGUACAACUUGGGACUUUUGGCCAACACACUGUAGGUUUCCAUUCUGUUUUUUUUAAUGCACAUACGGUAUGUCUUUUUUGCACUUUGCUCCAGGCUUAUGUUAACGAUCUACUCGGGUAUGUGUUAAUACACCAAAUAACCAGUAGCUUUGCAGUAGGCUGUAUUGCAGUAAUUCAUGCACGGAUUGGGUUUCAUUGCCUGAAUUCCUGCGGCUCAGCACUCAUUACAGUGAACCCAGCACAGUGCGGUGGGAACAGAGCAGAGCACAGCACUUUUUUAAUCUCCUCUAAGACCCUGGCUGUUAUAAUUAAUGUGAAGGAUAACUACAACUGUCUUGGGGCAAAGAGAAAAACUUUUUUUUUUUUUCGUCAAUUUUUGAAAGCUCAGUGGAGAGAGAGAUUCUAAUGUCCUGUAUCUGGUAUCCAGAAUGUGGGACGCACACUUCCACUCAUGAUAUGUUUGACCAAACUGGUCAAUCUAGGUCAACAUUGUUUUUGGUUUUUGGUUUGGUUUUUGGUUGAAUUGUGGUGCACAUUGUUGAUGCUCAGAUACUAGAUGUGGGCCACCCAGGCGGAUUUUAUUAUUUUGCAAAUCUAACACAGCAUGUGACUCAUUUCUACAUAAAGUCAUAUUAGGAAUACCCCAUUGUUUCCAGAAUUUCUAAAGCUACAGAAGCUGCGGAAUAUAAUUAAAGGAAUAGAAUACAAUUCCUAAAAUUCAGUAUCCGUUGGCACUAACAUCCUGAUAUUGUGUUCUUGUCAAAGAGGCUGGAAUUAAAAUCAAUUUUUAAAGAUUUGUGCCUGAUAAUUAUUCUGUAAAACAUGUCAAGGCGACAAUGGGAGAUUUUUUUUUUAGCAAUUUUAUCCUCAUUCAUUUUUGUCAUUGUCGCCUUUUUCUCCACUGAUUUUACAUUAAUUAUGAACCUGCCAUUUACAUAGAUUUCCACAAACGUUGACUUCAUAAGUGGCCCAAUUAUGUCAUUAUUUGCAGUGGAGUGGUGAGAGUUCACGUCUUUCUUCACUUUGAAUUGCCAAGUAUAGGCCUGACAGUCACCACUUAUUCAUAAAGAGCUUCUGUGGUAACGUCUUAAUAAUUUUCCUCCAUUCAUAUCUAUUUUUGUGAACUGGAAUAUAAGACACAAAGAUGCAUGAAGUAAGAGU